GAGAGAGAGAGAGAGAGAGACGAGACGCGUGCGACCCAAGCAACGUCGGCAAGGCGCAGCGUCGUCGUCGCGUCUCGCGCGCGACGUGACCGGCACGCACACGCCGCGAGAGAAGCGCGAGAGCGAUAACCACCCUCGCACGGGUUGCCUUUAACGGGGCGUGGGUGCACCGCACCGCGCCGCACCGUAUCGAGUCCGAUGGUGGUGCGGCGAGACGGCGGGCGGUGCGCGUAAUUCAAAAGGUGCGCGCGACGGCCGCGGCGAGAACAUGACGGACGACGCGGAGUGUUGCGCGAAUUCGAGGCGGCAUCGCGUCGCGGGCGAAGGGACGAUAAUAUAAACGUAGUGCGGAGGCAGGGAGCAGGGCGGAGGAGAGAAGGGAGAAAAAUAAGGAGAGAGAAAGAGAGAGAGAGAGAGAGAGAAAGAGAGAAACUCCUCGGAGUAAAGAAAGCUCCCAAACCGAGUACCAUCCGCGCGCGGCCAGUGAUCCCAGUGAGCGCGGCUCGCGUGUUGCGCGCGCGAGAGCGCGCCCGCGCCUCUCCUCUCCGCCGAGUGCGUGCGUGCGAGAGGACCCAGGCCGUGAGCGCUCACGGGCCCCUCCCCCCUCCUCUUGGAGAAUAGAGGAAGGAGAGGAGAGCACAGAGACUUUGGUGACUUCCGGCUGGCGACCGCGGCCCUCGCGGAGAGGAUGCUGGUAACGUCGCCGACGGUCGUCACGACGACGGCAACGAUGACGACAACUUGGCGAGGCCUCGACUGAGGCUCUCGACUACUCCGGGCCUGACCGAGCGGAGCGGAGCGGAUUCUCGCGCACGGUACGCCGCGUCGUGAUCGACGUCGGUUCCGUCGCCGCAACGGUGGCAUCGACGAGCGUCGUCGUGCUGCCGGCCGCGGUGUGUGCCGCGAUCGUUAAUCAGGUGGCAUCGCCGGAUCCGGGUGCGAGAAACGCGGAAAACCGCGCUCGACGAGUGCCGACGGCGCAUUCGGCGAGUCGUCGUCGUCGUCGACGGAAAUUGGCCAGGGUUUUUUGGUCGUGUCGGAGUAACCGACGAAUGUCAUUCUUGAGUCGCUGUCGCUAAAGACUGGAUAACGCGUCCUGUGACUAUCCACCGAUAGCCGCAGCGAGAAGAGGUCGUCGGGCGAGGGCGGUCGCGUAACCGCGACCGUACCGCGAUCACGCGAUCCGGAGGACCUUUCUCGGAACCACCCGCGAUCCUAAUAAUCGCCUUCGAGGGAUCUCGAAGCCGGUAUCGAUCCCGGGCCGUGGCGUGGAACGUACGGCGGGCUCUCGUCGUCACGGAGGAACCGCGUUUCACGUUGCGGUGGGGAUUACCCCCGGGGCCCCGUUCCUAGCCUAGAACGAACUGCCUUCGUUCUCGACGACAAGGGAGAAGGAGCCGCCCACGGCGACGCCGAGAUCCGGAGUACGGAGUAACGCGAGCGACGUCGCGACGCCGGCCGACGGCGAAUCGCUUCCGGUGAAACCGACGACGCGAACGACGCAGCCAAGAUGCAGGUGGCAACGUUGUUCAGGGAGAGCGCUACCCUGCUGGGUGCGUCCAGCCUGGACCCCCCGCAGACUCACCAUCAUCAGGGUAUGCACCAGCCGCAGCCGCAGCAACAGCAGCAGCAGCAGCAGCACCAGCAGAUGCAGCAGCAGCAGCAGCAGCACGCCACCGACAUGCACCUAGUCAACCACCACAUGCAGCACCACUACAAGAUGUAUUCGUCACCGGUGCAGAAUGGAGGACCAAACGGCACGACGACAAUGAGUUGCGGGAGUUCUCAAGGGGUGAUGGUGAAGCAGGAGGCGAGGGACGACGGUUACGAGACGAGUCCGGACCUCGAGAUGAGGAGCACCGGCGGUGACAGCAGUCAGCAGUAUCACACGCCGCUGACACCACACACGCCGCACACACCGCACACGCCGCACACGCCCCUCACGCCGAUAUCGGCGACAGCGCAUCAACCCCAGCAGCCGGGCUCGACCGCCUCCACCCUCGGACAGGUCGCGAUAAAAUGCGAGACGCCGGUGGACCCGUAUUCGUUCGUCGACGAGGAGAUGUCGAUGGGCGGCAUGAGGACGGCGAGCAGUCCAGGCGGCGGCGGCGGCGGCGGCGGCGGCGGCGGCGGCGGCAAUCCCGAGAGCAUGACGUGUCCGGGCGGCGCCCAACCUGGGCUGGGUACACCCACGUCGACGCCGCCCGGGGCGCUGCCCGGGCCACAACAUCAUCAGAUGAAUCUCGUGAUAAACGGCGCCGCCAGCGUCAAUCCACAGCUGGCGCAUCAGCCGAAGAAGCGGGGCCGCAAAAAAAAGUCGGAGAUGAUCCUCACCCCCGAGGAAGCGGAGCUCGCGGAGGCCAAGAAACGCGCAAAGACGUACAAGGAGAGGAAGAAGCACGACAGGUUCGACGGCAUGCCGGAAGAGGAAGUGAGCAAGCGCGUUCUACCGGACCACCUCACCAACAACCUUGACAUUAUUAUAAUUGGUAUCAACCCCGGACUGUUCGCGGCUUAUAAGGGACAUCACUACGCUGGACCUGGAAAUCACUUCUGGAAAUGCCUACAUCUAAGCGGUCUCACGCCCGAACCGUUGACUGCGGACGACGAUUACAAGCUCUUGCGACUCGGCAUCGGCUUCACAAAUAUGGUAGCACGUGCGACGAAAGGCAGCGCAGAUCUUACAAGAAAGGAAAUUAAAGAAGGUAGUCACAUUCUGCUCGAGAAAUUACGAAAGUAUAAGCCAAAAAUUGCAGUAUUCAACGGCAAACUCAUAUACGAAGUAUUCUCGGGAAAGAAAGAAUUUGGCUUUGGAAGACAGCCCAACCUCGUCGACGGCACCAACACGUAUAUGUGGGUUAUGCCCUCGAGCAGCGCGAGGUGUGCUCAACUACCACGUGCUGCCGACAAGGUGCCAUAUUACGCUGCCCUGAAAAAGUUCCGCGACUACCUGAACGGUACGAUCACGCACUUGGACGAGUCGGACAUCGUGUUCGCCGAUUCCAAGCUCAAGAAGAAGGAACACGACCCGCUCGAGGACAAGAAGCCGGUGUUCGACGAUUUGCCCGACGGUGAGAGCCGAAUCACGGAGAUCAACGGCAUGGGGAUUAAGCAGGAGUCGGGCGUGAUACCGGGCAAGAAGAAACGCGGCAGACCGAAGAAGAUAAAGAAUCCGGAGGACCAGCCGCCGCCGGAUCCCGAGAAGCUGGACGCGAACGGCGAGGUGAUCAAGAAGCGCCGCGGCCGCCCGAAAAAGAUACACCAGCAACAAAAGCAGUUGGAGCGGGAGACCCGCGAGAGAGAGCAGCAACAGCAGCAACAGCAUCAAGUGAUGGGUCACUUGAACGACGGCUACGGUAACGUGAAUUGCUUCUCACCGCCGCUGAUGUCGCCGCCGAAGACGUUCCCGCACAUGGCGCCGUACGCGCAGCCGCCGAUGAACGACGGAUUCUUCGGUCAGGGCAUGAACGACAAUAGCCCGUACAAUAUGAGCGCGAAGCAGAGCCCAGUGCAUCUGCAGCACUACAGCCAGAGCCCCAAGUCCAUGUCGCUGUCGUUUCACUCGGACCUAUCGUCGGAGAUCAAUACCGCGAUCUCGUCGGAGAACAAUCUCGAGCCGUCGCCCUUGACGUCGCCCAGCGUCGAGCAUCCGGACUUCGAGCCGCCUACCAGCAUGUCGCAGCAGAACAUGGGCAACGACCAUCGUCAGUACAAUCCGGCCGGAGGGCCCGAUCCGACGGGUCACCACAGCAGUCCCGGCACGCCGUCCCACAACAGCUACGCCUACCUGGGCUACCACGAGCAGCCGCCGGACACGCAUAAUCCGCAUCCGCAUCAGACGACACCGACGCCUCUCAGCCAGUCCGCCGAGGAGCACUCGCAUCAUUCGCAUCCGACGCCGCCGCAUCCGCACACGCCCACCCACACGUCCAUGUCGCCGCACCACCCGCACGAGCAGUACGGCAACAAGAGGAUCUCCGUCCCCGGAGCCCCGGACAUGUCGACUAAGAGCCUGAGCGACCUGGAGUCACUCGUUGACCAGAUCCCGAGCAUAGCCGACGGCGGCAGUCAGCGUCUGCAGCACUCGCAUCCGGGUGUACCGGGCGACGAUACCCUAGCGGAUAAGAUGGAGGCCCACCAUCAGUCUUACAUGUCCGGUUUCGCCGGCAUACCGGCUGGACCAACCGGGAUGACCAAUUACAGUCCACCGUUGCCGCCGGGUGGCGGGAUCUAUCCCUCCUCGCUGCACCACUCGCCCACUGACGCGGGCUACGGAGGUCUCUACGGCAUGAACAGUCGUCAUCAUCAGGAGUCUCAGCAGCAGCAACAGCAGCAGCAACAUCAGCAGCAGCAACAGCAGCAGCAGCACAGCAAGUCCUACACGGUGGAGAAUCUCGCAUCCAGCAACUACACCCCCAGCAUGAACCACGGCCACGGCAACUCCUAUCCCAACAUCUUACCCGGCCACUACCCGGUGCCGAUGGCCUCGGCCAACGGCUAUCUCUUCGGUGGCCUCGACACCAGCCUGAUGCCGCGUAGCUACGGGAUCGGCGGGAUGAGCGGCAUGAGUAGCGUGCACGCAAGCGCCACCCUCAGCCACCCGAUGGCGGCCAACCCGUACCCGCCGUACAACGGCUCGUACUCGAGCUCGUUCGACGCUUACCCGGCGCCACCGACGGGCAUACACGCGCCCAGCGCCAAUUACCCCAGCUACGUCGGCACGGCUGGCGCGGCGCCCAGCACCACCACCACGCCGCCGUCCUACCUCGCAUCGCCGCACCACAGACCGCCGGUCGACCUCUCCUACGACGGUGUAUGAUAAUCGAUGUGAGACACCGUUUGCCACCACCGACCCACUACCAGCCCCUCAUAAUCCUCUCUCUCUCUCUCUCCUCUCUCUCUCUUUCUCUCUCUUCAUCCCGUCCUCUCCUCCGCCUGUGCCGAUCGCCUCCUGUGCGCGCGCGCGAGCGACGCGCGUAUCCGCCGCGUUUAUCUUUUCUACGUAUUUUUACACGCGUCUUUCGAGACACGGCUCUCAACGUGUCGGGGUCGCACCGUCGCGCGUCGUCCCCCCCUUGCCCUCUCCCCCCCAAAAAUCGUCGUUCCCUCAUUCUUGUCACUCUCCCUUUUUAAAUCCCCCUCCCCGCGGGUCACCUCGCGAGAUGCUGCUUGCAAUCUGCGCGCGAAUCUCUCGCUCCUCGUCGAUCCAUCCGCCGCUCAAUACUCCAUUUCCUCUUUUUCUCUCUCUCUCUCUCUCUGUGUCCCAGUCUCCUUUGCUCAAGCCGGUUCUACGUACAAAGCACCUCAGAAUUGGCGGAAAAUGGAUAUAUAUACAUACAUAUAUAUAUAUACAGUUUUCUCCUCGUCGAAAACAUCGAGAUUCCGAUAGCAAUAAUGAACUAUUAUCCGAAUUUAGCAUUAGAUAUGCUGUUAAUUUCAGAUGCAUAUAUAUUAAGAAUCUGAGGCUCAGUUCCUAAAGAAAAACAUUGAAUUGAAAUUGAGAUUUAAAAAGUUGUCGGCUGAAUACGCAACGCGUCUAUAUUGCGUCAAUUUUGGGGCACCCUACGCAAUUGUUCCAACAUCCCCCCC